GAAGGAUAUGACAAUUCAAAAUAUGGCGACCCCCAUCAAUUUAUACAAAAGUUAAUGUGUUGCCAGUUCUCCACGAAAAAAUCAUAAAAUGAACAAAUAUUAAACCAAAGAAACCAGUAAUAAUAACUGUAAGGGUGGAUAAGCAGUACAAUGUGUAGUUUACACGGUUGUGCAUGAUGCACAUAUAAUAUGGCGUCUGCAAACACAUCUGCUAAAAAAUAUGCUGCUGGAACUAUGGAUGAGAUGGAUAUCAGCAGCAUGUUCCAUAAACUGGGGAACAAGUUGGGAUGGCAUGAGCAUGGUGAUUUGGACACGGCUAUACAGACAUUGUCAGCGAAGGCCAAACGACAUAAAUCGAAACUUAAGUUAUCGUCGGAAAAAAAGACGCCUGUGGCUAAAAAAGAAAAUAAGAACCCAACGAGUAAAAUGUCAGAUUGUAGAAACGUAUUGCCCCUAGCAGAGGAAUUGGGCGAUGUGAUGAAGCCUUUGGCUAAUUUUGAUAGCAAUAAUUGCUUAGAGCAGACCCCCACCUCCACUGGGAGUCUAAGUGAAAGAAGACGAGGAAAACUAUCCAGGAAGAAGGGAAAGUUGAGAACUAAAACGGACACACCAACUAACGUGGAAAAUCACCACACAUUUGCUUUCCCAGCCCCCGUCAGCCGAAACUCAGGUGCGCAUUCGAAGACGAAAACUAAUCGCUCGCGGAGAAUCGUCGACUGCAGCUCUACGGGUAGCGACCCCGAAUUCCAAUCGUCGUCAACGCAGGAAGACGGCGGCGGCAGCGACGCUAACGGAGAGGGUGGCGGUGGCGAUGACGAUGGUUUCUACGAGGACUCCAUCUUCAUUCACGGCGACGGCGACCCGGACGACGACGGCGGCAUCAAGGAGCUGCCUCCCGACGUCUCCGCCUACUUCUCGACAACGGUUGUCGCCGGCGACGGAUUCGCGGAGGCUGCGAGCUCGGACGGCGGUAACCGCGGCGACUAUGGCGGCACCUACGCGGACCUGCUCGCCGCGGAGGAUCGUUUCUCGCACGUGACCGUGCGCAGCCGCGGGCCGCGUCGCUCGCGCAGCAUCCUCGACGAAUGGGACGACGUGCCGGUGUCUGAGAGCACCGUCCUAUAUACCGGCGCAUCGCCCAGCGCGGGUCACGCACAAAACCUCGCUCGAGACGUAACACCUGCUGCGACGGGUGUUGCAGACUCUGCAGGCAUGCGCGAGGUGUCACCGUCCGUUAACAAACGGUCGACGAGCGAGGACACAAAAGCGAAAGAGCUAGAACGAGGGAAAAACAUUUUCUUCGAGCCGCCUUCGUUCACGAAAAAAGCCACCGCCAUGCCAAAGAGUACCGGAGGUAGUUCACUCGCAGAUUCGCGUGUGGCGGGAGCCGUCGAUGGCAAUUUCGGCGGGAAUUGGGAGCGAUUCGAUAGGAAGGUUGAGAGUUGGGGAAAGCUCAAGCGAGGAUCAUCUCUCUACUUUACGUGCCUCGACGAAAGCGUCUUCAUCCCCGAUCUGGCGACGAGGUUGCGCGUAAAAGAGGCUGCCGACAACCGCAAACCGCCGACGAAGGAAGCAGCGCGGAAAAACAUCUUUCAAAGCCUAACCGAUCUCUUACGCGAGGAGAAGACCAUCGGUGACCCUGGCGCGCCGUCGAAAGUCGACAGCGACUCGCCGGAAACGACGAACGCAAGUAAGACGAGCGUCGCCGAGGUCGUGAAUCUCGUCGAUUCGUCGGACGACGACGACCCCGGAAAUUCGCCGCGACUAAUCGACGAGCACGUGUCGCCGCGGCCGCGUCCUGGACAACGUGGCACCGUGUCGCCGCAUCCUGGACAACGUGGCGGUGUGUCGCGCCCGCGUCCCGGACGAGGUGGCGGAGGCGCGAGCGUCAAGAGUCGCGCCGUGCCGCCGACGAUCGUGACUCGCGCCGACCCCGCGUAUGCACCGCGCCUCGACUUCCUGGCGUCGCUGAGUGCACACGUGCCGGCGGGGCGGCAGCGACACGUGGAGGCUGCGCGCUACGUGCUCGAGUUCCGGCAUCGCCGCGACGCGCUCGUGCGACAGCUGUUCGCGCUCUACAACGCGCGCGCGUUCGAUGGACGCCUGCCUGCUGACCUCGCCGUGACCUGGAACGCUCGCAUGACGAAGACGGCGGGAUUCACUAACACAUUUGAAACCUCCACAACGAACGUCGUAUUUCCAAAAUACCGAUUGCGAAUUACCCGUAAUCAGAAGACACAAUACCGUGCGCGACUUACUCACUCAGCCCGUCCGGAGAAUACCACGUAA